AUCGAAAAGAGCAUGCGUUCCAAUGUUCCCCUACCAAUGGCGGCUGUCUUCAAAAUGUCUUCCAGUCAAGAAGUUCUACAACUUUACCGUCAGAUGUUACGAGUUGGGAAAACAUUUACCAGUUAUAACUUCAGGAUGUAUGCCACAAGAAGAAUAAAAGAUGCCUUCAGGGAAAACAAAGAUAUCACAGAUCCAGAAAAAAUAAAGACAUUAAUCAAGAGAGCAGAGGAUAGUUUACAAGUAAUGAAAAGACAGGUCUCCUUAGGUCAAAUGUACAGACAUGAAAAGCUCGUGAUAGAAAAGAAUAGAUGAUAUUCAGCAGUGAAAGAAGAGGUACCAUCUAAUGGACAAGCAAAUAUCACCUAUUUCACUGGAGAUUAUGCUAUAAUUAUUGUGCAUCAAGUCCUGUAAGAAGGGACAAGAUGCAUACAGUGAGGAUCAGAACACUUCUUUGUGGGAAAUAACUUUUUGUUAUAUUGUGGCCAUAGCACAGAUAAUUUCUCCGCGAUGCAACAUGCAUGUAGCCCAAUGUACUGAACAAGUUAAAGACACAAAGCACUGUUUUAUUCUUGACUUUAUGCCCUUCAACGGAUAUUGCAGGAUCCCUUUUGUGUUUCCUGGAAUAAGGAGAAAGUUAACUGCGAAUUGUUUAGGGAUCUUGUUUUUAUCUUCAGGGCCUCUUAUUCAACUGGCAGGAAUAGCUGACAGCAAUGGAAACUUUACUAUUAGACUCCUCUUCAGCCAUUCUGUAAUAGUUAAAUGUGCAUGAUGAAUACAUGUUAUGAUGAUGAUAAUAUUAUAAUAUCACUUGUCUUGCCCAAGAUUUGAUGUCUUAACAAAGAAAAGUUUACUCACAGGCA